AUGAAGCGCUCCCGAAAAAUAUUAGCUCGUAUUUUCGAAGAAAAAGAAGAAAAUUAUGAUAUUGCAUUCAACGGCACAAGCAAAAAUCAAAAGAUUUUCCCUCCUGGUAAGAAAAUCAAAGUUUUAGAAGAUAUAAAGAUUCCAUCACGUUCAGUUAAAACUACAUCACCUGGGUCACAUACUUUAAUUUGCCAGUCAACUACAAGCAAAAUAAUUAAUCCAGGAAAGAAUACAUAUGAAAGUCCUUCUACUAGCAACAAAUAUGCAACAUUACAGAAUGUCUCUUUUCCUGGGAGUUCGAGUGAAGCUGGCUCACUUAGUGACUUAUCGUAUAAUAAUUUAUUAAAAAUUGAUUGCAACCUGACACCAGAAUCUAUAAAAGAAUUAUUGUCUACGCCAAAGUCAAAUAAACAGCAAACUUUAGACACCCAUCAUAAAAAUAGUGACCCUAAACAACAAACCCUGGAGGAUAGUAAGAUUAAGAUAUGCACAAUAACUUCCAAAGAUUUGAUUCAAGAAAAUAGUUAUGCAGUUAAUACUUCACAAGCAAUAGACUUAUCAUUACCAGCUACUAGCGCAACGGAUGCAAUAUCUCAUCACCUAGAACCCAAUCAGCAUGUAAACGAAGAACCACAGAAUUUUAGCGAUAUAAGUACAGACAAUGACAGCAAUUAUGUACCAUCUAGUUCAGAAAGUUCUUCAAGUGAUACGGAGACGGUAUCCACGGCUGAUGAUGAAAAUACUGUAGAUAUUCCGUUGAUUACUCAACAAGAUAGCGAAUGGGUAGAUAUCACUUCUUCUAUGCCUAAUAUUGGUAAAAGUGACAGACCGGGAAACCAGCUACAUGGCCAUGAUAUCGUCCUAAAACUAAUAAAAGACUUAGGUGGAAGCGGUAGAACAGUUAUAGCUGAUAAUUUUUAUACCUCUGUGGGUUUAGCAGAAGAUUUAUAA